AUGCCUGGCCUGGUAUCAGCUACCGGAGUGCUGGGCUUCCUGGCCGAUGAGGAGCACGACCUCAAGGUCUUUGCCCUUCAGACCCUCAAUGAUGACAUUGAUACUGUCUGGACUGAGGUCGCAGGUGCUCUGAGCCAGAUCGAGGCCCUCUACGAAGAUGAUACCUUUCCCCAACGGCAGCUUGCCGCUCUCGUUCUUGCCAAGGUCUACUACCAUCUCCAGGCCUACAAUGAGAGCAUGACCUUUGCGCUGGCCGCUGGAGAUCUCUUCAAGCUUGACGCCCCCGGCGAGUUCGAGGAAACCAUCAUUUCCAAGUGCAUCGACCAAUACAUUGCCGCCUCUUCCGCCCAGCACACCGUUCCCAAGUCGCCCAAGAACGAUAACUCCCUGCCCGCUCUCGCGACCACUUUUGCCAGUGGUGCUGCUGACGGUUCAGCUCUGAUCUCGCCCACGACGCCCUUUUCCCAGACGACCCUCCCCUCCAAGUCGCUCCUCUCCCGAGUCUCAACCGACAACACCAUCCUCGAUCCUACAUUCCAACCAGUCAAGGAGGGCCGUUCUGGGUCUAUUGCUCCCAUCAACGAUCAAGCAACACAGCUUGCCCUCCAACGCGUAAUUGAGCGUCUGUUCGAGGCUUGCUUAAAGGAUGGCAGAUAUCGCCAGGUCGUCGGCAUUGCCGUCGAGGCCAAGAACUUGGAGGUCCUUCGCCGCGUCAUCAAGCGAGCCAGUGAGGAUGAGAAGCGGUCUAAGAGCAAGUCAUCUGACGGCCAAGGUCCCGCCGAAGAGCUCAUGGAGUACGCCUUGAGUAUCUGCAUGGACAUUGUUCAAGAACGAAGCUUCCGUACCGAGAUCCUACGCCUGAUUCUUGAUCUCCUCAACGAAAUCCCCAACCCCGACUACUUCGCCAUCGCCAAGUGCGUCGUUUAUCUAAGCUCCGAUGAAGAGGCUUCGCGCAUGCUUCGGCAACUCAUCGAGAACGGCGACCGCAACUCAAUCGCCAACGCAUACCAGAUCGCUUUCGACCUGUACGACAACGGAACCCAGGAGUUUUUGGGCAAGAUCAUCAACUCCCUGCCUUCUGGCGAGCCUGCCAAGGCCCAAGAAAGUGAGACCACUGAGGAAGAACCUCUGCUCGAGAACCAGCAGUCGUCUGAAGAGGAGGUUUCGGACGAGUUGGCCAAGGUCUACAAGAACAUCCGCUCCAUCUUGGAUGGCAGCAAGACCAUCCAGCUGAACCUCGAGUUCCUCUACAGGAAUAACCGCACCGAUUUGAGUAUCCUGAACAAGGUCCGCGACAGUCUGGAGGGCCGUAACUCCAUCUUCCACACUGCUGUUACCUUCUGCAACGCCUUCAUGAACCAGGGCACAACUAACGACAAGUUCUUCCGCGAUAACCUUGAGUGGCUCGGAAAGGCGGUCAACUGGUCCAAGUUCACCGCGACGGCCGCUCUCGGAGUCAUCCACCGCGGUAACCUGACGCAGUCCCGAAAGCUUCUCGAGCCGUAUCUGCCUCGUCAAAGCGGCUUGAGCAGUGGCUCAAUCUUCAGCCAGGGCGGUGCCCUUUACGCCUAUGGUCUGAUUCAUGCUAACCACGGCGCUGAUGCUCUUGAGUAUCUCAAGACUCAAUUUACGUCCGCUGAGGAGGAGGUCAUCCAGCACGGUGGUGCUCUGGGUCUUGGUAUUGCAGGCAUGGGUACUGGCUCCGAAGAGAUCUUUGACAACCUCCGAACCGUCCUCUUCACUGACUCCGCCUUGAACGGUGAAGCUGUCGGUCUUGCCAUGGGUCUUAUCAUGCUUGGCACAGGCAACGUGCGAGCGCUGGAAGACAUGAUCACCUACGCCCACGAGACCACCCACGAGAAGAUUGUCCGUGGUUUGGCGAUCGGUAUGGCCCUGAUCAUGUAUGGUCGUCAGGAGGGUGCCGAUGCAAUGAUUGAAGGUCUUCUCAACGACCCCGACCCGACUCUGAGGUACGGCGGUAUCAUGACCGUUGCUCUUGCUUACUGCGGCACUGGCAGCAACAAGGCCAUUCGCAAGCUGUUGCACAUUGCUGUUAGCGAUGUCAACGAUGAUGUCCGUCGUAUUGCUGUCAUGAGCUUGGGCUUCAUUCUAUUCCGCAAACCCGGCAGCGUGCCUCGCAUGGUCGAGCUCUUGUCCGAGUCAUACAACCCUCAUGUUCGAUACGGCUCCGCCAUGGCUUUGGGUAUUUCAUGCGCCGGAACUGGUCUUGACGAAGCGAUUGACCUGCUGGAGCCAAUGAUGAAGGACCCCACCGACUUUGUCCGCCAGGGUGCCCACAUUGCUCUGGCCAUGAUCAUGAUCCAGCAGAACGAGGUCAUGAACCCCAAGGCCGCAUCCAUCCGCAAGACCCUGAAGAAGGUUGUGGGUGACCGCCACGAGGAUGCCAUGACCAAGUUCGGUGCUUCUCUUGCCUUGGGUAUCAUCGAUGCUGGUGGCCGCAACUGCACCAUUGGUCUCCAGACCCAGACUGGUAACCUUAACAUGGCCGGCAUUGUUGGUAUGGCAGUCUUUACUCAGUACUGGUACUGGUUCCCCUUCACCCACUUCCUCUCGCUGGCAUUCUCUCCCACUUCCAUCAUUGGCCUGGAUCACGAUCUUGAGAUCCCCAGCUUCAAGUUCCACUGCGCCACCCGCCCCAGCCUCUUCGACUACCCCCCCGAGCAGGAGGUCAAGGCCGAGGAGGGGCCCACUAUGGUUGCCACCGCUAUCCUUUCCACUACUGCGCAGGCCAAGCGAAGAGCUCAGAAGAAGGAGCGUGCUCAGCGACGUGAGAGCAUGGACAUCGACUCGUCUGCGAAGCCAACUGUCUCCGAUAAGAUGGAGGUUGACGAGAAGAAAGACGAGAGUAAAGACAAGAAGGAAGGCGAUGCCGUUGAGAAGGAGGCUUCCGCCCCCCCGGCUGACACAAAGAAGAAGGCAGAGAAGGAGAAGGUCGGCUACGACAUGGAAAACAUGUCGCGGGUGCUUCCCGGACAGCUCAAGUUCAUCAGCUUCCCUGCUGGUCGUUAUAAGCCGGUCAAGAAGCCCACCGGAGGACCUCUUUUGUUGCAAGACACCCAGCCUGACGAAGAGAAGUCACUUAUGGAGGAGAAGCUGAAGAAGGUGACGACAGAGAAGGCUCCCGUCGCCGGCCAAAGUAACGCUGGUGGCUCAUCGGCGGGUCUGACGCCUCGGCAGCAGCAGAACAUCAUUUCUCAGGCCCUUAGAGCUGGCGCUGGUGGUGACCUCCGCUCGCUUAACGAGCUGAGCGAGUUGCUCGGCCGCCAGAGGAGAGGUGACCUCGCCGGCGCGAGCGAUGAAAGCGGUGCUGCGGCUGCUGCGGGUGUUCUCACCGCUGUUGAUGAGGACGGAGAGGGAGAUGAGGAGGCGACUGUGCCCGGUGAGUUUGAGUACUUCACCGACAACGAGGAGGAGGAUGAAGACUAG